AUGGCCAAAGAGCGAGGCUAUGAUCCCUACAAUCCAGAGCUUCCGAGGCCCUCGCUGGAGACGGAGGAUGGUGCUCUGACUGACAUUACAGAUGUGACACCCGGUAUUCUGGAGCUGGAGCUGGUCAACAAGGCCAUUGAGGCUGUCAAAAAUGAAGUUGAGAGAGAGCAGAAAAAGUACGAGGAACUGCUAGAAACGACAAAGGAGUUCAGUGCUUCAGAGUCCUCCUCGCUCAUUUCAAAUACGCCCGUGUCCGCUGCUGGGACACAAAAUGACUCAUUUACCUCCUUAGAAUAUAACCCAGGUAGCUACAACUUUAAUAAUAACUCGGACUACAACCCUACUCCUCUUGCUGCUGCUAGCCAGUCAAGUAAAUACACUUUGAACAGUUCCCGAUCUAAAGGGAGCUUGCUGGAAUAUGUUCCCAAGGCUGUAGUACAGAAUAAAAAAUACACUAGCGCUGUCACUAACAAUAAAUAUGUGAUUGAUGACUCUAAGCCUUCUACAGACUUGGAAUAUGACCCACUUUCAAAUUACUCAGCCAGGCUUUUAAGCAAAGCCACAACAAAGGAGCCAAAGGGGUCUAAAAGAGGUAGGGUGCCUAGUUAUGAGGAAUCUUAUUCUCCGUCGCGAAAGAAGCUCUGCGAAGUCCCCGAUGAGUAUGAAGUGUGUGCCAGGUUCUCUUCCUCUGAAGAUGAGGCUGAUGUGGAAUAUAAGCCAACUUCUGUUAGUUCACAAUCCAAAGCUGGUUCUGAAAGUGAAUCAAAUGACGAGUUAUCCAACAAAGAGCAAAGCACCAAACUGGAUGACUUUGUUUCGCGGGACAGGAAAGAAGCAGCAGCGCAAUAUGGCACGGAGGACCUUCCAGGUUCACAGAAAAACCUUGCCAAAAACUUAUCAGAUAAGAAUGCAAAAACAGCAAAAUUGUGUUCUGGUAAGAACAACCAGGAAAUGGAAAAUAAAAACAAAGACUCAAAAGACAAAACAAAAAGGAAGAAAUCAGAUGUUAGUAAAACAGCUGGGCUCAGCGAGGUUGGUAAGAAGGAAAAAAGUAAAAAUACAGAAAAAGACAAAGUGCUCAAGAAAGAAGAAAAAUUGAAAACCAAGAAUGAAGAGAAAAACUGUAAAGAUAAAAGUGUCAAAGUAAAAAACGACGGGAAUGUAAAGAAACCGGAAAAACAAAAGUCAGAAAAAGUAGAUGGGCUUAAGAAGGAAAAAUCCAAGUCCUCCAGCAGUAGUUCAGGGAAAAGCAAGAGUGAGGGUGUCAGCAAAGGCUCUAGCACGGAGAAGCUGGGGAGCAGCAAGAAAGAGUCCAGGCUGAAAAAUGGUAAAGAAACCUCUGACCAUAAAAACAAAGAGAAGGGAACCAAGACUCCAGCCCUGGAGCGAAAGAAAGAGAAGGUCAAUUCUACAGAAAAAGGAGAUCCAAAGAGGGGUCGGAAGCAGCAGAGUUUGAGUCACGUUGACCUGUUUGGCGAUGAGAGUGGGGAUGAUGAUGACAAAGGCCGGCCUUUGCCGUCCACGUUGCCUGAUGUGAGCUCAGACUCGGAUGGUGAUGACUGUGGUUCGGACUCUGAGAGUGAAAAUGAAGGGAUGAAGAAAGUGAAGCGCUCUAAAUUGUCAAAGUCAUCGUCGUCUUCCUCAACAUCUGAUGACAUUGAUUAUUCCAUCCUUGAGAAGGACUUGGACUUUGAGUCAGAUCCCAUGGAAGAGUGCCUCAGGAUUUUUAAUGAGUCUACAGAUGUGAAAACUGAAGACAAGGGCAGGCUGGGGAAACAG